GUGGGACUAGUAGAUUUAUAGAUAAAAAGAAACUGUUUCCUCUACAUUUUUCUCUGCAAACACAAUCCUCUCCACUUUCUACUACGGUUACGUGCUGCACAAUGCUGAAAUCAACAUUCACACCAAUUUACUGGCUGCUAGCGCCUAAGCCAAAACCACAAAAACUCUCACCAAACUUAAUCAAAAACACCUUUUCAAACAGCACACCACAUGUUCGACAAAAUUCCUCACUCAAACACAAUCCCACCAUUACCCCUACUUCAGCUUACAUUCACCUCCCUUUCUGUAGAAAACGUUGCUACUAUUGUGACUUUACCAUUGUCGCUCUCGGCUCUGCUUCAACCCAAACACACGACGACCCACGUGUCAUAAACUACAUACAAUUGCUCUGCAGAGAAAUAAACGCCACUAAAAUGGAAGAAAAACCCGCGCCUCUUCAAACAGUGUUUUUUGGAGGUGGGACACCCUCUUUGGUUCCUCCAAAUAUGGUUUCCGAUGUUUUGGAGACACUGAAGAUGAAAUUUGGGUUGAGUGAAAGUGCUGAAAUUUCAAUGGAAAUGGACCCGGGUACAUUUGAUUAUAAGAAGAUGCAAGAGAUGAUGUUGUUGGGAGUUAACAGAGUUUCUUUGGGAGUUCAAGCUUUUCAGGAGAAGCUGUUGAAGAGUUGUGGGAGGGCACAUGGUUUGGAAGAGGUUCAUGAGGCUAUUGAUAUUGUCAAAAAGUGCGGGGUUGAGAAUUGGAGCAUUGAUCUUAUAGCUUCACUACCUCAUCAGACUAGUGACAUGUGGGAGGAAAGUCUAAGACUCGCUAUUGAAGCACAACCAACACAUGUUUCUGUUUAUGAUUUGCAAAUCGAACAAGGCACAAAGUUUGGAAAGCUGUAUGCACCAGGGGAAUUUCCACUGCCUUCCGAGACACAGUCAGCUGAUUUUUAUAAGAUGGCUUCAAAAAUGCUUUGUGACGCAAAUUAUAACCAUUAUGAAAUCAGCAGUUACUGUAAGAAUGGUUAUGAGUGCAAACACAACUUUAUCUAUUGGAAGAACAAGCCUUUCUAUGCCUUUGGCCUCGGCUCUACUAGUUUUAUUGGUGGGUUGAGGUUUUCCAGACCCAAGAAGAUGAAUGAGUACACAAAAUUCGUGCAAAAUUUGGAAAAUGGAUUGAUAAAUAGCUCAUCCGAUGACAACAUUAAUUGCAAGGACACUGCCACAGAUGUUGUGAUGUUGUCCCUGAGAACUGCAAGAGGCCUAGACUUGAAGCGUUUCCAAGAAUCAUUUGGCAACUCUCUGGUUUUGUCUCUGCUUGAGGUUUACAAACCUUAUGUUGAGAGUGGACGUGUGAUUUUCUUGGAUGAGCAAAGGAGAACCAUUAGAAUAGAUGAAAUCAACAAUUCUCUUUUUUAUGAAACUAACUCAGAAAGGAGAGUGGCUUAUAUGAGGCUAAGUGAUCCAAAUGGUUUCCUUUUAUCAAAUGAAUUAAUAUCCCUUGCUUUUGGGGUUAUUGACUCUUGGAACGAUUAUCCUUCUGCACUCCAAGAAGCUACUUGAACAUAUGAUCAUCUAUAUGUUAAUACAACACACAAGACACAAGUUAUAGCUAAUGUUGUAAAGCAAUUAUUUUGUGCCUAUUUUUAUGAGAUGGGAUUGUUCUUCAAAAAUUUAUCUCUCUUUGUUUAUGGAUUUAAUUGUAUGCCUCUUGA